AUGAAUAUUUCUGUGUAUGUCUUCGUAUAUAUAUUAUACCGUGCAAAUGUGCACUCCAGCUUUAGUGAGUGCUUGGGUAGUGAAUACAUUCAGGGUGAGUACCGUGGUAGUGAACACAUACAGGGCGAGUACCAGGGUAGUGAACACAUACAGGGUGAGUACCAUGGUAGUGAACACAUACAGGGUGAGUACCAGGGUAUUGAACACAUACAGGGUGAGUACCAGGGUAGUGAACACAUACAGGGUGAGUACCAGGGUAGUGAACACAUACAGGGUGAGUACCAUGGUAGUGAACACAUACAGGGUGAGUACCAGGGUAUUGAACACAUACAGGGUGAGUACCAGGGUAGUGAACACAUACAGGGUGAGUACCAGGGUAGUGAACACAUACAGGGCGAGUACCAGGGUAGUGAACACAUACAGGGCGAGUACCGUGGUAGUGAACACAUACAGGGCGAGUACCGUGGUAGUGAACACAUACAGGAUGAGUACCGUGGUAGUGAACACAUACAGGGUGAGUACCGUGGUAGUGAACACAUACAGGGUGAGUACCGUGGUAGUGAACACAUACAGGGUGAGUACCAGGGUAGUGAACACAUACAGGGUGAGUACCAGGGUAGUGAACACAUACAGGGCGAGUACCAGGGUAGUGAACGCAUACAGGGUGAGUACAGUGGUAGUGAACACAUACAGGGCGAGUACCGUGGUAGUGAACACAUACAGGAUGAGUACCGUGGUAGUGAACACAUACAGGGUGAGUACCGUGGUAGUGAACACAUACAGGGUGAGUACCGUGGUAGUGAACACAUACAGGGUGAGUACCAGGGUAGUGAACACAUACAGGGUGAGUACCAGGGUAGUGAACACAUACAGGGCGAGUACCAGGGUAGUGAACGCAUACAGGGUGAGUACAGUGGUAGUGAACACAUACAGGGCGAGUACCGUGGUAGUGAACACAUACACUGCCGUGCAGAGAGGCAGUAA